GCUGUUCUCCCGCCACCUGCAGCGCGCCCUCGCUCUGCCAGGCUACAUCCCACUCGCCACAUCUCGGCCUCGCCUUUCCCUCUCUGCGCGCACUGCUGAACGACUUGCUGUCCCGGCUUACACUGACUUUGCGCUGAGUGCUCUGGACGCGAGUCAGCCGGACUCUACCAAGGCGGCCCAGGAUGGCUUCGAAUCCCAUGUCGCUCAAACAGCGACUGGCUGCGCUUUCCGCAAACAUGCCCGGGAUACGCAUGGACUCCCCUCCUUCAUCGCCUGGCUGGAGAAGGAAGAACUUCUUUGGCGCACCCUCUCGAACUCGGACUAUGGAUGGAGACACUAUGAGGCAGGGACAUGAUGGUUUGGAGAGCGUGAUGAGCCGUGUCAUCUUCCAGGCAGGGGUGGACUACGAAGUGGUCAUGAACGCUUCAGGGUUGCCGGACCCACGAGAGAUCAAUUACGAUGAGCUGCUAGUUCGGAUGCUAUCGUACCUGGACCUUUACGUCGAGUCUGACUACACAGUGGUGUUCUUUGCCGCUGGCGGACGACAUACGCCCGGCUGGAACUGGGUAUGGAAGGCGUAUCGGAGUCUCAGCAGGAAGUACCGUAAGAAUCUGAAGAAACUAUUCAUUGUACACUCCACAUUCUUCACGAAGAUGCUCUUCUCCCUGGCUGGUACCAUCAUUAGUCCCAAGUUCUUCCGCAAGAUAACUUAUAUCACCACACUAUCGGAGCUUGCAUGUCAUAUACCCCUCACACAGAUAGAUAUCCCGCCAGCCGUAUACCAGGAGAACCUCAAACACGAGAAGCAAAUUACUCUGCCCACGCCCACACGAGCGGACCUCUUUGGAGUUCCGCUCGAGGAACUAAUGGGCUAUGACGGAGAGAAGGGUGGCUUGCCGCGGGUCGUGAAGGACUGCAUACAGUACCUGCGGUUAACAGGUUUGCAGGACGAAGGACUCUUCCGACGGUCACCGAACUCGGUCAUGCUCAGGCAAGCCCAGCAAGCAUAUGACAGAGGUAGUCUCAGAAAUGUAAAUUUACGGGACCUACCCACACCGCUCUUCCCUGAACACCUCUAUUCCCUGAUCUCACGGUGUCCGCAGCCAAGCGACGACCCUUCCGACAUAUCCUCCAUCAUGUACAUCCGCGAAACGCUCAUGCCCGAGCUGCCGCACUGCUCGUACAUUUUGCUCGCGAAUAUCCUCCAGCUCAUGCACGAGGUCUCGCUGCGCUCCGCGACGAAUCGCAUGGACGCAAACAACCUCGCCGUGGUCAUCACGCCGAACCUCGUCUCGGGAACGAGCCCGCUGCGCGACGUCAUGAUGUGCUCCAUUCCCUCAGGGCCCGCACCCUUCUCUGCAUCACCUACGUCUAGUGCCAUGGGAAAGACGACCCUCGGCGCGGUCGUCAAGCUCUGUAUACAGCGCUACUAUGAGGUGUUUGACGAGGUCCCCGACAGGAGCGAGGCGAUCCCCCAGCGGGAGUUCGGGCCCCGCCCGGCGUCGCCCGCCUCGUCGAGCGGUUCGAUGCGGGACAGACGCGCGCACGACGACGACGAGGACAUCGACGACGCGAUGCUCGUCAUGCCCCUCGGGCCCAGCGGCAGCAGCAGCCCCGACGGCACACACAAGCCCGGGCGGCCCGCGCCUCCCCCUCCGCUCCCGUACAAGCCGCGCACGCCCGCGAAGGCGCCGCCGCCGUCGCCGGGCGGGCGGUCGGCGUUCGCGUCGCUCGCGGGCGGGCGGAGCGGCGCGCCGUCGAGCUUCACGCCGUACGGGACGGUGCACCGGGCGCGCUCGACGAUCAGCAUCGAGCGCGGGACGGCGCGCCAGAAGGGGAGCAUCUCGGUCGGGCGCGGCGCGGCGAAGCGGGGGACGGGCGCGGGCGUGGAGGCGACGGGCAUCACGGCGGCGGGGUUCUUCAGCGCGCCCGACGCGCCGCCUGUGCCUGUGCUGCCGAGCCAGGUGAGGGCGAAUGGGGGGAGCUUGCCUGGUGGUGGGCCGGACGCUUGAUCAGAGGCGUCGGCUUUGGGUAGUUAGUUAGUAUUCGGGAUGACUCUGGGUGUGCUCUCAUUUAUUGGCGGGGUCGUUCGGACCCUGCGGCUCCGAGACUCUUUCCAUCUGUUCUGUGGUGUAACAUGUUGGUUCCCACCGGUCAUCACUGGUCCACCUCGUUUCCGUCGCAUUGUCUCUCCGCUAUUCUCGGUCCCGGUGGUGAUUUAUUCGGCACGGCCAGUGCGUGGCUGGG